GGAAGUAAUGUGGAAAGUACACUAGUUUGAAACGUGCUCGAAGCGCCGAGCUUUUAAACAUUGAGACACGAAUGAGAAGACGUUGCAGACCUUUUUUUUUCUCGCCUUGGUUACGUUUCCUGUCAGAAAAUACAAAACGUCACGGUGGAGUCAUUGAGUCUGUUUAGCUGAUUGGAGAGCUAGCUUCCGCAGCUAGCGGCUCCAUUACGAUGACCUCUGUUUUGCUUGAUCAGCCGUUUUACUGCCGUGUUACAGACACCGCUUGGGAACAGUUAAGAUGGAUUAAGCAUCUCAUUAGAUUGUGAAGCUGACGCUUAUACAACACAAGUCACCGUCACUCCAGGGAGGUGGAUAAAUAAUGCACAUCCUUUCUAUUUGUUUCCCUCUGCGUGAUGUUUUUAGAGGAGGUGCUCCAUGUUUGCAGAUAUUUCAAUGAAUGAACGCUCCGGUGCACGCGGAAUAAACGGGAAGCUGAUAGGACAUUCCCCUGGAGAGAAGCCCCUCCCCUUUAAACGCUGUGACUUUCUCUCUUCUUUCUGCCAGCUGCAAACACUCCCACUCCUCACUUCACUUGGACCUUUGCCUUGUCCUCCUCCUCCUCUCAGGAUCCCUGCUUGGAUUGAUCCCGCACCCUGCUCGCUUUUGUAAGAAAGAAGAAGAAGAAACGACCACCCCCGGCAGGAUUAGGAGCGUGGAGGACAUUUGUUCAGUGGGCGACAUGAGGGAAGGCGGAAUAAAGCCUGCAAAGUGUGUGAGAGGCUGAACACGCUGCUGGUGAGUCCAUGUGUGUGAGAGGCUGAACACGCUGCUGUCUCAUCCACCACACUGACUUUGGAAGCAGCGCCGCCAUGGCGAAGUGGCUCAAAGACUACCUGAGUUUCGGCAGCAGGAAGGUACCGCCCCAGCCUCCCACGCCGGACUACACGGAAAGCGAGAUCCUAAAAGCCUACCGCCUCCAGAGGGAACUUGACUUUGAGGACCCGUACGAAGACCCAGAAAACCGGUCCAGGGCCGAAUCGGGAACGUCCGAGCCCGCCACCCCUGUGUAUGGCUCGCCCAUGAAGUCCUCCAACGCAGACGUCAAAUCCCCCAAACACAGACUCAUCAAAGUGGACUCCCAGGACCUGGGGCGCACCAAGAUCCUGCUGAGCGCAAUCUCCUUAGAUGACCAGCAAGAACCUGCCGUGCCGUCUGCUCCACUGGCAGGGGACACGGACUAUUCUGACCCGUUUGAUGCCCGGUCGGACCAUCGACCAGAACCAGAUGUGAGACCGGUUCCCUCUGAGAACAAUGGCUACAUGGACCCUUAUGAGGCCCAGAGUGUCAUAACAGAACUGCAGCGUGGCCCCGCAGGAGGAGGCGGAACAGGACAGAAACGGGGCGGUCUGCAGCUGUACGACACCCCGUACGAAGACGGGCGAGGCCGACAUCCGGGCUUCCUGUUCGGGGAGAUCCUGGAGGAAGGCAAGGAGAACAGCAGGCUGCCGCAGGACGACGAAAGACCGGCGGACGAGUACGACCAACCCUGGGAGUGGAAGAAGGAUCACAUCUCCAAAGCUUUCGCAGUUGAUUUUCAAGGUAAAAAGUGGGACCGCUCCUCGUCGCCCACGGAGCGCCUGCGUCCACCGGGGCCCUGGUCCAGCCCGCUGGCGGGCGAGGGCGUGAAGUUUCGGAUGCCCCAGGAGGGCCUCACCAUGGUGGGCGAGAGAGUGGACCCCGCCCUGCCCCUGGAGAAGCAAGUGUGGUACCACGGUUCUCUGUCACGGUCCGAAGCAGAGUCUCUGCUGACGCUGAGUAAAGAGUGUAGUUACCUGGUGAGGACCAGCCAGACCAACCGAUGCGACUACUCACUGUCUCUACGGAGCUGCCAGGGUUUCAUGCACAUGAGGUUCAGCCAGUGCAAGGACGGCAGGUUCGUGCUGGGACACACCAGCCCGCCCUUCGACUCCAUCCCCGAGCUGGUCCACUUCUACACCACGCACAAGCUCCCCCUCCGCGGCGCCGAGCACCUGUCGCUGCUCUUCCCCGUGCUGGUGCAGACGCUCUGACCCUGGACCCAGGACCCAGGACCCAGGACCCAGGACUCCUCCAUUGAAAGUGAGUCCUCCCAGGUCCUGUUCUUAUCUUCCACCUGCCAAGUCCAAGGAUGGAGUGUCAGAAAAUGCCAGGCCUGAACUCUCUGAGCUGGAAGCAGACUUCAGGACAUUCUCAUUUGCUUUUUUGUGUUCCCCCCGAGAGAAGUCAGUGACGCCUGGAAAGAAGAAGUUGGGAUAUUUUUUAGGCUCCGUUUGCAAAAGAACUGAACUGUUUAACACUGGUCAUGUCCUCUUUUUCACCUUUGUACUACAAACACUCACAUGACAAUAAAGGA